AGUGGGAAUGUUAUCUUUCGUGUUCAUCAGGGUGAAAAUACCAAAUAAUAAAAAUAAAGAAGCCCCCGGCGAGGAUCGAACUCACGACCUUUCGCUUACGAAGCGAACGCAAUACCACUAUACUACGGAGGCGCUUUGAUCAACACGUGAAACGUUAAUUUUAAGUUUACGCUUUUACUCGUAGAUUAAAGCAACUUCGCCUUUACUGUUGACGUGAAGGAGACCAGAGAGAGACGCCGCCGGAGAUUAUGUGUGGGAUUGCAGUUAUAGUGUGCGGCGUCCGUAUCGAACUCUCGACGCUUUCUUCUCCCUCGGAGCCUCCUUUCGAACGAUUACAAUUCUCUGUUGAAGAUGUGAAGUGUGUGUUAAGCCAAAGAGGUCCUGAUAGUGUAGGAGAAAAGAAGAUUCUUCUUCAACCAAAACUACCAACUUGUGCUCAAGAAUCUGUGUCUAUCUCUGUUUUUGAGGCUGGCGAAGGAACAUGUAACCUUGAGAAUGCUACUGCAUCCGGUGAAUUGCAUUUUAUAGGUUCCACAUUGCAGCUUAGAGGAACUAGUCCUAUAAUCCAGCCAUUGGUUGAUUCUUCUGGAAACAUUCUUGCUUAUAAUGGAGAAGUAUUUGGAGGAAUUGAACUCAGUAGCUUUGAUAAUGAUACUGAAGUUCUUUUGGAGGCUUUAGAGAAGGCGAACGAUUUAGUUCCAGAUGUUCUUUCAAUGAUUAAAGGCCCCUGGGCCAUUAUAUAUUGGCAGGAAAGCUCAAGAACUCUAUGGUUUGGUAAAGAUGCUUUUGGUCGGAGGAGCCUCCUUGUUCACUGGCCAACUGUGGAAGACCCUCGCUUUCUUCUAUCAUCUGUUUCACCAGCUUCUUCCGUUGCUAAUGGCUCUGGAUUGGAUUCUGAAAAUGGUGAUAGCAUUCAUAGAUUUUGGGAAGAGCUUCCAUGUGGAGUGUACAGCAUGUCUUUUGGGGUUUCAGAAUCCGGUAUACGUGGUGAAGUCACAAAGCAUGAAUGGAGAAAUAACAUGUGGAAAGAGUUGAUUGAAUGGGAAAGGAGUUUAGUUGUACCAAGACCUGAAGAUUUAUCGCUUAGUGUAAUUCAAGAAGAGAAAGAUAAUGUUCUUUCGAAGUUUUCAGAAUACGCGCAGAGAGUUUUGGUUGUUCUAAAGGAGUCAGUGAGGCGGCGAACUUCACUACAUAGCAUUUUUCAGGGAGAAAAAAAAGCUGUUCCAGUAGCUGUUCUCUUCUCUGGUGGAUUAGAUUCUAUGAUUCUCGCUGCACUGUUGGAUCAGUGCCUUGAUCCAAAAUAUGAAGUUGAUCUCCUUAAUGUUAGCUUUGAUGGUCCUAAUGCUCCUGAUAGGAUCUCCGCCAAGGCUGGAAUAAAGGAACUUAAAAAGAUUGCACCCUUGAGAAGGUGGAACCUUGUGGAGAUGGAUGCUGAUCUGCCAAAGCUAACCAUCGAGACAAAGCGUGUUAUGUCACUCAUAAACCCCGCAGAUACUUACAUGGACCUUAACAUAGGAACAGCACUUUGGCUUGCUGCUAGAGGUGAUGGUUGGAUUCACGAAGAAAGUGACAAUGAAGAAGAUAGCCAACGAAUUAGAUAUAAGUCUGCUGCUAGAAUAUUGCUUGUUGGCGCUGGUGCUGAUGAACAAUGUGCUGGUUAUGGUAGACAUAGAACAAAAUAUCGAAACGGGAGCUGGGCUGCCUUGGACCAAGAGAUGAAAUUGGAUAUGCAGAGAAUCUGGAAAAGAAAUUUGGGUCGAGAUGAUCGAUGCAUUGCAGAUAAUGGUAAAGAGGGGCGUUUCCCUUUCUUAGAUGAGGAUGUGAUAAAGACUCUACUUGACAUUCCCUUGUGGGAAAUAGCUGAUCUUGAGCAACCAAGUGGGACGGGAGACAAGAAGAUUCUUAGACAGGUUGCAAAGAUGCUUGGUUUACAUGAAGUUGCAAAGAUGCCUAAGAGAGCAAUACAGUUCGGGUCGAGAAUAGCUCGUGAAUCAAAUAGGAAGAACUUUGGAAGUAACCGAGCUGCUAACCAGGCCUCUGCCGGGAGUGUGAGAUUCAACGCACCGUGAGAAUGAAAGGCUCAUUUUAUCAAUAGACAACUUAGGGAUGUUAGAUCACAGUUUUGUGUUGUACUUUAGACAAAGGACUACAAUUUCAUGUUUUUCCCGUUUAAAAACUCGAUUUUGCUAACUUGAUACUGAUGCAUGUGAGUCGGAUGUGACAUCAUCAUCAGUUUUCAAAUGUUUGUUGAAAACUAUAAUAGGGUUAAAAUUGGAAAACUACAAGAAAACCAAAACACCUAGCGUAAUUAUCUUCUUCCCACGGUUUGGUUCUUAUCAAUCCCAAAGUCUGGUCCUUUCUUGCGUUUACUCUGAAGGAAAGCGAGGACAUCAACGGCGAUGAUACACGGCGAGCGGAAUCAGAAAUUGGCGGCAACGAGAGGGCAUUGCAAGCGCUUCGAGAACUCAUCGUCUUCCCUUUCCGCUACCCUCUCGAAGCUCGAACUCUUGGUCUCAAAGUAACCAUCCUUACACCUAAUCUUAGCUUUUCAGUUUAUGUUCAGGUUAAUAAUUUUUUUCUGCUUCUACUCGUCAAUGCAGUGGAACAGUGUCGCUUAGAGAAGACAUUGCAGCAACGGGUGUGUUCAACCGCCAUUUCUUAACCGCAAAGAAGUCGCUUAAACCGGCAUUGACAGUGGAAGAAGUGGAAGCUUACUCAUUGUUCAGGAAGUUGAAAAGAUCGGAUUCUAAACCGGUUCAGGUUGAAAAGAAGAAGGUUGAUUCCUCCUCCAGUGUUUUGGGUUUAGGGUUGUCAUGGAAGUUUAGUGUAUUGAGCUUAGUGUUGCUUGCUACUGGUGGAAACUAUUACUUUAACCAGAGUAAACAUGAUGAACUACUACUGUUUGCUCCUGCUGCUGCUACAUGAAUCUUUAAAAAGUCUCUUUUCUUUUA